UCUUGGCAUAAGGCGCUGACCCCGGUCUUCAGAGAAGUCCCUAGCUCAGGCAGCCCGAGCUCCAGUCGCCGCCGCCGCCGCCGCAGCAGCAGCAGCAUCCGCACCCACAGCCGCAUUCUCAGCAGCCGCGUCUUGCUAUCCUCGUCGCCAACAUGUCCCUUUCCAACAAACUGACCUUGGACAAGGUGGACCUGAAGGGGAAAAGGGUCAUCAUGAGAGUGGAUUUUAAUGUUCCCAUGAAGAACAAAGAGAUAACCAACAAUCAGAGAAUCAAAGCUGCUCUUCCUAGCAUCAACUACUGUUUGGAUAAUGGAGCCAAGUCUGUUGUUCUCAUGAGCCACUUGGGCCGGCCUGAUGGUAUCCCUAUGCCUGAGAAGUACUCUUUGGAGCCAGUGGCUGUGGAGCUCAAAUCCUUGAUGGGCAAAGAUGUUCUGUUUCUGAAGGAUUGUGUGGGUCCAGAAGUAGAGAAAGCCUGUGCUAACCCACCCAAUGGUUCCAUCAUUUUGCUGGAGAAUCUCCGCUUCCAUGUAGAAGAAGAAGGGAAAGGCAAAGAUGCUUCUGGGAACAAGAUCAAAGCGGAUCCAGCCAAAGUAGAAGCCUUCCAAGCUUCCCUUUCUAAGCUGGGGGAUAUCUAUGUCAAUGAUGCUUUUGGUACUGCUCACCGUGCCCACAGUUCCAUGGUGGGAGUGAAUCUGCCCCAGAAAGCAAGUGGUUUCCUCAUGAAGAAGGAGCUGACUUAUUUUGCCAAGGCCCUGGAGAGCCCAGAGAGGCCCUUCUUAGCCAUCUUGGGCGGAGCUAAAGUGGCGGACAAGAUCCAGCUGAUCAACAAUAUGCUAGACAAAGUCAAUGAAAUGAUCAUUGGUGGUGGGAUGGGUUUCACCUUCCUCAAGGUGCUCAACAACAUGGAGAUUGGAACUUCUCUUUUUGAUGAAGAGGGGGCCAAGAUCGUCAAAGACCUGAUGGCCAAAGCUGAGAAGAACGGUGUCAAGAUCACCUUGCCUGUUGACUUUGUCACAGCGGACAAGUUUGAUGAGAAUGCCAAGACUGGCCAAGCCACCUUGGCCUCUGGCAUCCCUGCUGGAUGGAUGGGUUUGGACUGUGGCCCUGAGAGCAGCAAGAAGUACGCAGAAGCUGUGGCCCGGGCCAAACAGAUUGUGUGGAAUGGACCUGUUGGAGUAUUUGAAUGGGAACCCUUUGCACAGGGAACCAAAGAGCUAAUGAACAAUGUGGUGGAGGCCACCAGCAGGGGCUGCAUCACUAUCAUAGGUGGUGGGGAUACUGCCACUUGCUGUGCCAAAUGGAACACUGAGGACAAAGUCAGCCAUGUGAGCACUGGGGGUGGUGCCAGUCUGGAGCUGCUGGAGGGCAAAAUCCUCCCUGGGGUGGCUGCUCUGAGCAAUGUCUAAAGGUUAGCACUUUCCUGUCUGCUGGUUCCUGUGUACAACCCAUCAAACUUGACCCUGCAGUGCUUCCUUGUCCCUCUCUCCUUGGCAUUAGGCAAGUUUCUCCCUCAAGACUCAACCAGGGGCCAGAAGAUGGGCCAAUGAGAGCCCCAGAAGCAACUCAUCUCCUCUUGUUUCCUGGGUGUGCCUGUUGUCAAAUCUCACUUGAACUUCCUUAGUGUGUCUAAACUAUUGUGAUCUGUAGAGUAUAAUAUACGCACAUAUUUAUAUUUUGCCUUUAGAAAGAAAAAAGCUAAAGCCGCUGUUAGUCGUACUCUAUUGAAAUAGUUUGUUCUAUUCAGCUUUGUCAGCAGCUGUUUUUGUCAUUACCCACACACAGUAUGGAAACAAGAAGAAACUCCAGUUUGGGGUGGGGGAAGGUCGACCUGUUAAAAUAAACAUUUCAUAAAAGUGCCAGCUCAA